AUGGGCCACGGCCGCGGGCUCGGCGUCGUGGCCGAGUUUGGCGGGACGUACGAGGACGGAUUCGAAGACGUGCACAAGAACAUCAUCAACUACUUCACUUACAAGGCCACGCACACGGUCCUCCAUCAGCUGUACGAGAUGAAUCCCCCAGCGUACACUUGGCUCUACAGUCCUCUGUCCUUCAAGCUGAACUUCACCGAGUCGAACAACAAGGGAGCAACCACAAUCCAGUUGCAGGAGGAUGCCUUCUACAACAGGGCGAUCAGGCUUACCAAGGAAGAGCUGGAUGGCCAGAUUGCUCAUAGUGUCGGCCGAGCAGUCUUCGCAGAUCCGGUGACCCUCUGGGAUAGCACCACUGGUCAGUUAGCUGACUUCACAACUCGCUUCACAUUCAUGAUAAAAGCUCGUGUUGCUGAUGGCUCGUAUGGUGAGGGGCUCGCCUUCUUCCUCUCACCAUACCCUUCUGUUGUCCCCAAUAAUUCCACGGAUGGUAAUCUUGGCCUCUUCGGUAGUAGUGCUGAUCAGAGUGAGACAUCCAACCAGAUUGUGGCUGUCGAGUUUGACAGCCACAAGAACCCAUGGGAUCCAGAUGACAACCACGUAGGUAUCAAUAUCCAUUCCAUCGUAUCUGUGGAUUAUGUAACAUGGAACAGUAGCAUCAAGGAUGGCAAGAUAGCCAACGCAUGGGUAACUUACCAGGCCAGCUCCAGGAACCUGUGUGUCUUCUUGACGUACAAGGACAGCCCCCAAUUCAGUGGCAGCUCCUCCCUAUCUUAUUCAGUUGAUCUCAGAAAAUAUCUCCCAGAAAAACUGGCCAUCGGCUUCUCAGCUGCCACUGGUCAAUUGGUAGAGGCUCAUCAGAUACUUUACUGGGAAUUCCGUUCUACUGAUUUGCAGCUGAAGAGUAAGAAGAUGAAAAGUGUAUUAGUCAUAAGCUUGGCUACUAGUAUAAGUGGCAUAGUCUGUUUUAUGGGUUUGGUUUGGUUUGGUGCUUCAUGA